UAGGGAUUUUGAAGAGCAAUGAACAAACAUCUAACAGCAUCUAACGGGACCAAAGUGACAUUUGCAGGUAUGUUGACAUGCUGUUUAAUGUGUUGUAGCUAAGAAGCUAAUUAGCCACCCAGUCUUCUAACUGAUGUGAGCAGUGUGGUUUCCCCAGGGAGUGUUUGUUUGGUGGCUCCUCCAAUGAGCUAAGUUGCAGGACAAGAUAUGUGUUCAUGUUCGUAAGCUUGAAAAGCAGGAGACUUAACAGGAAAGCUAAUGUGGGUUGUUGUUGAGAGUCUGUGGCUCUUGUGUAGCAAGAUGCUAUCAGGCUCAGUGGGACCAUCUACUCUGCCUAUGAUUGAACGCCAUGUUAUUGCUUUAUUCAAGAUUUGAUUUGCUGUAUCAAAAUAAGUACUUCAGCUAUCUAAGUGGCACAGUAUUUAAUCGAAAUAAUGUUAAACUAUGGGGCACCAUAAUGAAAUCACAGAAUUUAAAGUAUGAAUUUCUCACUUUUGGUUUCUGAGGAGAACACAGGACGAGUGAUUUAUAGAGCAGAUAUGUGUGCUGUAGUGGUCAAAAAACAGGCAGUUAGGCAAUUAAAUUUCACUUGGACUUUAAAUGAUAAUGCUACUGAAGCUACUGAAUUACACUACAAAACAAUUAAUCCCAUGUUUUAUCUAAAUAAGUUUGAAAAAGUUGUAACAGUGCAACUGCUGACCCAUCUGGCAGAGCACCAGUUACUUCAUCAUGACCCCUUUGGUUUUGACCUAAACAUUCUACUAAAAUAGCAAACUGUGCACUAUUAGCUCAUUGACAUUUGAUAAGGGCAAGAGAGUGACACCAUCAAAUUAUACUAAUUUCAAAACUAAUUUUAAUUCAAAAUAUCAGACAAUAUCUUAUUAGCCCUCACUUUAGGACCUAUUAUACUGUUGAUGUAAUGACCGGACCAGAAGUGUAUCGGACUGGACCGGAAGUCUAUCCUGGAGCUGGUUGUUGUUGCUGAUGAUACUAUGACUUACACAUGUGGCUGGUCCCACUGCUGUAAAGCAACUAACAAAAUGUGUAACUUCUAUCGCUCUGUGGCUUUUAUUUCGAAGCAGUUUUUUAAGCCUUGAAUGAAAAAAAAACACAAUUGUAUCAGUCAGUUUUUUUGACAGAAAAACUGUUCUGUUUUCUAUCAAAGGUUGAAUUUUAUAGGAUGGAAUUAUUUUGGAAUCCCAUCUGAAAUCUGACAAACAUGUUAAAAAUUUAGCAGGACUCCAUUUGCACCUCAACAGCACACUCUGUUGAUCUUUCACUCUUUCCGUAUUGUAUAACAUCAUGGUCUCAUGAGCCUAAAAGAGUACUGGUCUUUAUAAUUGUGCCUUAAAUAUUAUGUUGAGAGGGAAGGUCAGCCAUCAUCACAGUCAAAUUCUAGAGAAAUUUAAAUAACUUAGAAAGCAGUUUUUGAAACUGUUUUUAAUGACUGAAUGCCCUCGCUCCUUUUGUAUGUCUGAGUUGCCUUGGCGCAAUGAACUCUACAAAUGGGGAUAAUGGCACACUUUUGGACAGUCUCUCCUUGAGGGCAUUCAUGAUGUUGCUAUCUGUUGUACACACGAAAAGUAGUUGUGUAAGGAAUGAAAAAGAGUGCCUGAGAGAGAAGAGAAACGUUGCCUACUUUCACACACCUUCGCACACCUGGCAGUAAAGGCUUAAAAUGUGUAUGAUUGUGGGAUUCUGUGUUGAGGGAAGCUGCAGUUUUUGAAAGCAGCAAUCUGCCAUCAGAAAGGGGGUUUUAUGACUCUGUUAGUUGAUCCAACAAGCACUUUGUUUGAAGUAUACUUGAAUGAAACGGCUAUCGCUAUAUGACAAUGACUGCAUAAUAAUUUGAUUUUGAGAAAAAAAGCACAUGUUUCUAAAAUGUUAGCUGGUGAAUUACAGGGAGCUUUUUUUUUCUAAAAUGGAUUCAAAAUGUUUGGAAUGAAUCCUCUCAAAUUCAGCCAUGCAACUUCAGUUGCAUGAGCUACAUCAGCUGGUUGGCAUUUGCAUUUACACGCAACACUUGCUGGCAAUUAUGACAUAUCCAAAAGGCAGACUGAGCUAAUUAAGAGGGUAGCAGCAAGUAAAGACAGUAAUUAAGCCUCAGAGACAGUAACACAUUCCCUAAUCACCGGUUGCUCUUGUCCCCCGAAGACACACUAUCUUGUUUGGAAUACCCAGAAAUGAAGAGCUUUUGCCAGACACGUAUGUCCCUGCAUCACUUUGCCAAAAUUCUGUGCGCAGCAUUUAUAUGUGAAAUUCACUACUAGGAAAAGUAUGUAGAGGUCAGAUAUCCUUAAUGUAAUCUCACACCUUCAGAAAAAUUGUUUGCAACUUAAUAUAAAAUCUCUGACUGUCAUGUUCUUACCAUAAACAAAUGUGGCCUGUGCUUUAGAGUGAUUAGAUUCUUUUUCCACAACGUCAGGCUGAGUUUACCCCCUCCACUUUGCCCUUCCAUGAGGACUAUGACGUAUGUGGUAGGAUCAAAGCGGUGUAGAAAAAUCCUAUGUUCUGAGGUGAACUAUCUUUCCGGAGGGAUUACAGAUGUCUUACUUACCUCAUGUGUGAACAACUGUGAAAUGUUACGUGUUUCUCUACUUUUAAGCUGCUUUACGACUUGGCUGUCCUCUCAUGCUCACCAGGGUCCACCUGUGCACCUGUCAAGACAACAUUAUACACAAUAGCAACAGCAAUAGUUGAUACACACAAUUCUGUACUGUUAGGUUUGUUUUUAUUUCUCAAAUGAACAUAAUAUCAUGCAACGGAUGCAAUAUCGGACCAUGAUAUUAAGUGUACUAAUGUAGAAUUGUUUCUUCGCAUCAAAAAGUAUGAGAUAAUAAACAUUUGAUUUGGAGCUUAAAUGAUUAUUUGAGAAACAAAUUGAAUGUUGCGUAUAAUACUAAUUUCAACAUUUCUAUAGUUGUAAGAAAUAGACAAUAUUGACUACGGCAGGACUUAAUGAAGGCAAAAAAUGGCUCAAAAUUCUCAAUAACAUGUCAGUCACAGGUCUCACAAAUAAUCCCCAUUUUAAGUGGGUGGAAGGAAAUCCGCUUUCAAACACAGUUAUUCUGGUAUUUUGUAUCUUAACCUAAUUGGCUCAUAGUUUUAUUACAGUUCAAGUCCAUUGCCUUGCUGAGUGUCACUGCAACGCAGCAUACUGCACUGUAAUUUGAUUGUGACCUAAUCCUAUUGGAGGUCUCUGAAGCAUAAGUAUAAAAGCUAAGGUCAGAUGUGUGGUACCAGUCACCCAAGGAGGUUACGAGUGACAGGAAAGGCCAGCUACUAAAGACGACUUUGAAGGUCAGAAUGGCAGAAGAGUGGGGAAAACAGGCAUUUGCUGCAAGGCGAAACUAUGAAGACUCAACAAGAGGAUCUGCCUUUGUUUACACAAACAGCAAUCAUACCAAGGAUCCCUUUGAAGGUCCGAAUUACCACAUUGCUCCUCGAUGGGUUUACAAUGUCGCAACACUCUGGAUGUUUAUUGUGGUCGUUCUAUCAGUCUUCACCAAUGGUCUUGUCUUGGUGGCUACAGCAAAGUUCAAAAAACUCCGUCACCCUCUGAACUGGAUCUUGGUCAAUCUUGCUAUUGCUGAUCUUGGAGAGACAGUUUUUGCAAGUACCAUCAGUGUAUGCAACCAGUAUUUUGGUUACUUCAUUCUGGGACACCCUAUGUGCAUCUUUGAGGGCUACACUGUCUCAGUUUGUGGCAUUACUGCUCUCUGGUCCCUGACUAUCAUCUCCUGGGAGAGAUGGGUCGUUGUGUGCAAACCUUUUGGAAACAUCAAGUUUGAUGCCAAAUGGGCCACAGGUGGAAUUGUGUUCUCCUGGGUCUGGUCAGCUGUAUGGUGCGCUCCUCCCAUCUUUGGAUGGAGCAGGUACUGGCCUCAUGGACUGAAGACUUCCUGUGGACCUGAUGUAUUCAGUGGAAGUGACGACCCUGGUGUUCAGUCCUACAUGAUUGUUCUUAUGAUUACAUGUUGUUUAAUUCCCCUGGCUAUCAUCAUUUUGUGCUACCUUGCAGUCUGGUUGGCUAUCCGUGCUGUUGCCUUGCAGCAGAAGGAAUCAGAGUCAACCCAGAAAGCGGAGAGAGAAGUAUCCAGGAUGGUUGUUGUGAUGAUCCUGGCAUAUUGUUUAUGCUGGGGACCUUACACCUUUUUUGCCUGCUUUGCCGCAGCCAACCCUGGAUAUGCCUUCCAUCCUCUGGCUGCUGCCAUGCCUGCAUACUUUGCCAAGAGCGCCACCAUCUACAACCCUAUUAUCUACGUCUUCAUGAACCGUCAGUUCCGCACAUGCAUCCUGCAGCUCUUUGGCAAAGAAGCCGAUGAUGGCUCUGAAGUAUCCACAUCAAAGACAGAGGUGUCCUCUGUGGCCCCUGCAUAAACCUGUAUGUUUUAC